GUAUUAAUGGCUCACUGAGAAUUGUGCAGGUUGGGCUCGAACAGCCAUAAGUUUCAACUUCAUGCGAAGCCUUGGGGAGAUGAGUCGCAUACUCCCGUGUAUCUAUGCAACAUGAACUGACGUGCGCGAUAGUCGCAUGGAUGUAGCGGGUUCGCACCAAGCUAAUAUCUUCGCAUAUUGACUCCGGUACACAGGCAUAUCCAUAUCCACGUUUCUCUCCGGGAUGCAAAUGGCAAGCCCAUCCUCGCUGUCUGAGUCCGACACAAAAACUGGUAAGCAAAGUGCGGGCAGUCAGGAGACGAAUUUAAUAAGCCAGGAGGCCGAGUGGUCUCUGGCUGGCGUUCCUGACGGCCUCCUGAUGGUGCGUAUAUCCAUCCUGCGGCAGAACUUCACUCAGACAGCCGACACUUCCGCCGUAGUUAUACCUACGCUUGUCCCGACAACCGACGGUUACAAAUGUUUCGUCGGCGGCGAAGCCUUUUGGACGCCGAAUGCCCUGACGUACGGCUACGACCCGCACGCUGCAUCGACCCUCAUCACCUCCCCACCUUCGGCAAUGCACCUCGAUAUUCGCAUGCCUGGCGCGGACAUGAGUCUGUAUUUCGCACUCUCUACCAUCUUCUCGCUGGGUUUGAGGGGAAUCGAGAUGAAGCUGAGCCUACCAGACACUGACGAAUCUGGUCUCCAGUGGAGAGGCUUCUGGAGCUUGCCUGGGACCAAGCGUGAUGGCCGGAACUUCGAAGAUCUGUGCUUGUAGGACCGAGCUUGCAUUGAAGACUGUCUUCGUCAGGGAAUAGUAAACUUCCG